ACACGAAUUCUCCCCGCGGUACGCGCUGCUUCCUUUCGCUGCCGUUUUGAGCCGAGGGUAUCGCCACUAUCGCGUCGAAUUGGGUGUGGAUGGAGCAUAAUAUUCAGGUUCUCCAAAUUCCCGACGCAUACGCGAGCGAAAGAGAGAGCGAGAGGGAGAGAAAGAAAGAAAGGGGGAACGAUGAAGCGGCCGGAGGGAGGGAGCGCUCGGGGCAGGGAGGGAGAGAGAGAGAGAGAGAGAACGAAAACCGCGCGCGACUCGUCGAGAACGCCGACGCUCUGGGCCGCCAGUGUGCCACUGACAGCCGAGACGUCAGUUGACUCAGAGACGUUUGCUCGUACGCCCCUCCAAGCGAGCGAAGCCCGCCCGCGUGCUCGCCACGCAACUGUCAAACGACCCUACUCCGUUCUCGUUUCUAUCACGAUUUUCAUAUUUAUUUAACUUUUUAAUCGCCCGUUCGACGUGCCACUACCGGAAAUAAUUGGGCGAGUUGAAGCUUCUCGGGAAUGAAAUAACUUGGAAUACAGAAUGAAUGACGCGAGUGUACAAUCGUUACGAUUAAAAGUGCAACCCUGUGAAAUUAGCCAAACGGAAUAAUCGAGUUUAUCGGAAAUUUCGAGUGACCGCUUCGUUCGUUUUUUUCUUCUUUUCGGAGAUAACGCGAGUGUCGAAUAUACGCAGUGGAAUUUGGAAAUAGCUGAGAAAUUAUUGGUCGAUUAACGAGAAUGUGCAGCGUUUUCAGUAUCUCGAAAUCAGCGGGAAGCGGCUUCUACCGAGAGGAUUACGUUCGAGCCUAAUUUUCGUCGAGUUGUGUGCCUACCCAGGGACAUGUGCAUCGACGGAUCGAUCUCCGGGGGAAUAGCGCGUACCUCGAUCAAGAGUUUGGAAAAAAACUCGGUGGAUUCGAGGCUCUGAGGAUCUUCUCGAUCGGCUUACCGCGACGAAUUCUCCAAGAAUACACACGUAAAUGCGUAUGAAAAUAUUCGCCUCGGUAGUUAUCGAGUCCAUGAAGAAACACGAGUACGUUAAUAAGAAAAGGAGAAAAGGAAGCGAAUAACCGGGGAAAAAUGACGGAAAUAGCGAAAGAAGCUUUCGCUUCGAAAAACUAUCGGUUAGCCCUCGAGAUUUAUGAGCGUAGCUUAAAACAACAAAAACCAAACAUCGAAACGCUAUUCGGCUACGGUGAUUCCCUGGCACGGUGCGGCAGAGUUCGCGAAUCCCUCGACGUUUAUUCGCGAUGUUUAGCCAUCAGCCCGGCCAGUCCUGAACGACUCCGUCAUUUGGCAACUGCUCUGCUCGAUGAUCUCGACAGUAAGAAAAGUUUGACCACAAGGCGCCGGGAGCAGACCGAUGCCUCGUCAGGCUCUACCGCCUUUUUGUGCACCACAUGCGACGACUGUCUCUAUCAACCGGUCACUUCCAGCUGCGGACAUACACAUUGUCGCAGUUGUUACGAGGCCUCGAAGUUGUGUCGCUCCUGCGGACAAAAAAAUGGACCCAUCGGCGAAACCAACGUACUCGUUCAAAGGCUCGUCGAAAAGUGGUGGCCGACCGAGGCCGAAGCUAGCAGGGCCAGACACGAGGGUGACCUCCUGCUCAAAGAAGGCCAUCCGGGUCAGGCUCUCGAACGCUACAACCUUGCCGUGCAUCUUGUUCCAAAUAGCCCUUUGCAUCUCAGUAACAGAGCUCAUGCGUUGCUCCUACUUCACCGGCCUCAAGCAUCACUGACAGACGCCGACCAUGCGGUACGAUUACGUCCUGACUGGGGCAAGGGACAUUAUCGGAGGGGCAUGGCGCUAUCGGCGCUCGGAAGACACGAAGAGGCGUUUUUCGCACUUUGCGUGAGUGUCGCCAUCGACAGGAAUCCUCAGUCUGUUCGCCAGGAACUCACGAGGGUACUCCAUCGAAUGCUGUCACCGAGUCAAAGACGACAGGGACCAAUUUCCUCGAGAUUGCCUUACAAUAAUCACGUGGAAACGAGUCCAAGGACGAGACGAAAUCGUCACAACCACAAUCAUCAUCAUCACCACCACCACCACCACCACCAUCAUCACCAUCAUCAUCACAAUCACAAUCAUAAUCAACAGCAACAGAAUCUCCACAACAAUCAUCAUGAGAAUCAUCGUCAGAAAAAUCAUUUGCUAUUGCCGUUGAUGAGUCCGAGUCAACGUCAUGGUAGAACUGUAUUGAACACUUCGGAUUGCGAGGAUAAUAGCAGCGGAGAGGAAGAAAUUACUCAGGCGAUUUGUCGGAGACUCUUAUCAAGUCCGAAUCCAAACGACAACGCGAAGUUGCAUUCUACCCUCGAUCGAGUUUAUCAGGAAGUGGAGAAACUGAAGAGAUUAGAACCAAGGCCCAUAAAAACUCUUCUGCCACCUUUAACCGGUGGAAGUGCCUCCGGCGAACUUGAUUGCAUUUUGUGCUGUCGAACUUUGUGGAAACCUGUGACUACCCCUUGUGGUCACACCUACUGCUGGAUGUGUCUCGAUCGUUGUCUCGAUUAUUCCUCAGCCUGUCCACUCUGCGUUACUUCACUCGCCAAUUACUUGGCGAGCAGCCAAAAAACCGUGACGGAGUUUGUUGAAAGAGCUCUCAAGAUCGUCGCACCGGCUGAAUACGCCUCAAGAGCGGCGAAUUAUCGUCUCGAGAUGGUCCAAGGUCUCGGUCUCUUGGGGAGCGAACAAAUCGCUGUUUUUGUCUGCACAACCGCAUUCCCAUGCGUUGCCUGUCCCUUAUUCGUAUACGAACCCAGGUACAGGCUUAUGGUACGAAGAUGCGUUGAAAGCGGAGUCAGACAUUUUGGGAUCGCCGCUUGUCUCAACCGAGAGGCCACCGGCUCCAAAAGGUACGCCGAAUAUGGCACAAUAUUGGAAAUUAAGGACAGAGUUUUGAUGAAGGAUGGCUGCAGUAUCCUCAGCACAGUUGGAGGGAGAAGAUUUCGAGUAAUUUCGGGUGGCGAGCGCGAUGGCUACGACACUGCUCAGGUCGAACUGGUUCGAGACUCGCCCGUGCAGCCCGAGAACCUCGCGAAUCUUACGGAGCUUCACGACAAGGUGAGGUCAAAGGGCAGGAGAUGGUGGUCGACAGUCUCGUCGUUUCAACAGGGCGAGAUCCAACGAGUAUUUGGCAUAAUGCCAGACACCGAGGACGACUGGGCGCGUUUGCCCGACGGUCCGUCGUGGACAUGGUGGUUUCUCGCGAUUUUGCCAUUCGGGCCGCAGCUUCAGGUUGGAAUUCUCGGCACGACGAGUCUCGAGAAAAGGCUCAGAGCAAUUGACAAAACUCUCGAUCAUAUGGAGAAGAGACAAUUGACAAUAGCUGCAGCACCGGCCGAAGAAACGACAACGACCUCGAGCAUAUGUCACGACGAUCGUGCCAUUACCGAGACUGCAUUGUCGGUGGUGCAGCACUCGUAAAUAAUAAAUAAACGAUAAAACAAUGUCAUACAAUAUUUCCAUCGAUAAAAUCUUAUCACCGUUUUAUCGUUUCAUCUAAAAUUGAACCAUUUGCACGUGUUUAGCCUCAUUUAAAGAGAAUGCGAGACAGCAAAUAUCAAUCAUUAGAGUAAAACGAAAAACGAAAAACUUUCCACUAAAAAAGUCGAGAUGAAUAAAUCAUAUUUUUUGUAACUGUCCUUUUAAAAAAAUCGAACUAAAAGUUGUUUGGCUCUCUGUUUAGCGUGGUAACAGAACCAUUUGAAAUUCGAUUUAUCUCAACGACCAAAUAGAUUUCAAUUUUUAUUUUCAUUCAACGAAUUUCGUAAAAAUAGAUCAAACGAAUAUGUCUUUAUUUACUGUAUAAAUAUAUAUAUGCAAAUGGCUCAAAUUCUCUUCAUUCCGAACGACCAAAUUUUCAUGUACAUUUGGUCCUCGAUUCAGGAAGAACGGCCUGUAUUUUUCCUUCGCUUUGGACUACUGCAAUCUUUGUUUUUUUUUUUCUAGAAAAUUAUUGAUACGAUACGAUACGAAUCGAAAGUACGAAAUGAGUGAAUGAUGAUGAAUUCUUCACUUUUUUCAAUCCUUUUCUUGAACCUCUUCUUUUUCUAAAUCACUUUUAUAUCUAAAAUAUACUUCCUGAUAAACUCGUUGUGAGAGUGGAGAUAAAAUAUUGAUGCGAAAAUGAAAUAAUCUCGGACACUUUUGCAUUCGAUAGCCACUAGAGUUCAGCGAAAACGCCUCACGAAGAAGGAUCAGAACGAUUUUCCGAUGCGAAUAUUUCUCGUCAUUUUGACGCGCGUACUUUUUACGAGAUUACUAAAAGACAAACUUAUUCCGAUUGUACCGAAUUUCUACACAAUAUGGAGAUGACACAUAUCUGCGCUGACAAAUCGACGAUAAUGUAGUUUUCUUCUUCGCAAGGCGUUGAUGCUUCUUCCGCUGAUGCAGUACGCAAAUCUGUUCUUCCACGGUUACAUAUUUACAACUUAUCUUUCAAAGAAAUCUUUUUUUUUCUCUCUUUUUUUUUCAUUUCAAUUAAAAUAUAUCUCUACACAUAAAUAUAUAUGUAUACACACACGUUUAUGUAUACAAAUGUAAAGUAGAAAAAAAUUCGACAAGUGUAGACCAAGUGGAGAUGAAUUUCGAAAAAAUUUUCGGGAUAUCGAAGUUUUCUUAUUGGCUCAACUGAGUGUUCGAUUCCAGCUGAGGAAAAAGAGAACAUUUUCAUUGAAAGCUGUCAAAAAAUGGUGAGAAUAAAAAAAAAACAAUUCGGGAGGAUUUUGAAAAAUAAAUUAAUAAAUUUGAACAGAAAAGUGCAUAUUUUUAUGGAUAGCUUCGGACGCUGAAAUAAUAAAACGGGAGUAAGGAGCGCGAGGAACUUUCAGUUGGCAGGUGAAAAAAGUGUUUACAUUUGUAAGUUUUUUUCUACUUUCUGAAAUCCGCGAAGCGAAGCGAGCGAUUUGUAUUGAUUGCAGACAUUCUCACAAUGCGAAUGUCGCGUUUCGGUCGUUCGUGUGUUGUUUUUUAGUGCAUAUAAGCCGCAAAUUUUGCCAAUGAAGGAACGAAGUACGAAUCAUUGAGCGAUCGAUCGAUCAGCUUAGAUUCUCAACCACAACGACGCACUUUCCGUAACGCCAGCUCUGUCAAUCUCUUUUACUUCUAUUUUAUAAGAAAAAAGUUGAAAAGAAAUCGAUAAAAAACAACAACAAUAAAAUAUAAACAUAUUUCCUUACCUUCAAUUCCAUCGCCGAUAAGACUUCGCACGUACACAGCUCUAGCGUCUAGUAAUUUAUUCAAACGUGAUGACAAUCGUGAGACAGUUAUACGAAAUGUUAGGCCGAAUUGUUAGUCGAAUGGGGAAACAUCAUAUCAAUCAUGAAAUUGUGAACGUCUCAAAGGAGAAAUGGCAGGAUAAUAGUUUGGCUGAUUGUCGUUGGAAAUUACGUCAUUAAUGUGUUUUUGACAUCACAACGUUAAAGGUUUAUUACUAUCGCGAAUAGCUGACAAAUACUUAUCUCUAAUUAAACUCUCUCGCGAUUGUCCCCUCGAUUCUCUUCUCUAAACUCUAAAUAUCGAGAUGAAUGUUGAAAUAAAUAUACAUUUAUAUAUACACAUACAUUUUUUCUCUGAGGAUACAUGAAAAAGGACGGGAAGAAAAAUAAAUUUGUAUACACUUAUUUAUUUAUUUAAUUAUGCACGCGUAUAAGGCAAACAAAAUUGAUUCAAGCAAUACGAGAUCAGACACUAUUUAUGUGUAUGUAUAAAUGAAUAUACGUCUAUACACUAUUUUCUAUUCUCUAGACUUUUACGAAGUUACGAAUCAUGCAUUGUGAUAUUACUCUAUAGCCUUCCUUACAAAUUGUUACGACGAUUUUACGUGUGAGUAUAAGUUAUUUCACGCCAGCUCAUUCCCAAAACCUCUUCAAAUUUGAAAAAUUUUAUUCGUCGUUUAUAACAUUCGGUUCUAAAAUAAAAGUUACUUUGGGAAUAUUUUUUAGUGAUUGUGGAGAUUUGUAGGAAUACGAGGAUCCAAGAACAUUGAAGGGGACCGGAUUAUCGAGAUUCUUUUCAUAGUCAUCAUAGUUCAGAUGGAUUUUUCCGACCAAUUAUUUAAUUUGUGGUAUUUUUACUUAGUCUGGAAAUACGAAUGAUCUUCGCUAUAAAUUGGGAAAGUAUUUUUCAAUAUUUUGUUCCCAGGGUGAAAAUGGAGCCUUAAUUUUAAAUGAUUCGAAGAUAACCAAUUUAAUUAUGCUCUUGGGACACGUUCAAAAAUGGGAGGAGAGUGCCGCUGGCGUGAAAUUUCUUGUACGUCUACACGUGUAUGUUCAUGAACAUCAUAAUAUGGAAUAAUGAUAAUAACAACACUGUUCACAACUAUCAUUAUAAUUACUACUAUUUUUAAGCAUAAAAAUCUGUACUAGAUAUGUAAUGCCAUUUGACUUUCCAUUUUUACUUCGACAUUUCUAUAUUUAUCUUCAUCUCACCAUAUCGAAAUAUAUUGUAAUGAAAACAUUGUGAAAUCAA